AUGGGGUCCAUGUAUAGCCAUCGACCGGACCAGAUCCCGCCUGAGACCAUCGAUAGUACACCGCGCAAUCAUGAACCUCUCCUAACAGGAACAUCUAGCGGACUAAGUACCCGACGGCGAGGCUUCCUAGUCGACCUUCUUCGCCCCCAUGUUCGCGAUUACGCGUCCAUGAACCUCGUGCUCGACCACCUGGGCACAUUCUGCGACAACGCCCUGCUCGAAGUCCGCUUCAAUCGAGACCACAACAUCGGCUUCUCUGCAGACCAGAUGUUCCAACUCACCUAUGAUAGGACAACGAAUCUGUGGCCUCUUGACGAACGCGUGAAUCCAGACUUUCGCGAGGCUGUGCGCAAGUUCGAUUGGCGGGCAAUGUGGAACGCGACGAUGGAAGAGCGGAUUCGCAUUCGACACUACCAGACAGAUCGAGAUAUCUAUGGUAGGAAUCGACGCUCUGGAUCUCAGCGUUGGAUUAUCAACAGUGCUGCCUAUACUGACUGCAACGACUAUGCCUUUGGGUUGGAUGUUUUGCAGUAUCUGGAGCCUAUUGCGACGAUGCAGGCGUUCCAUUCCGACUUCAGCUUCACGCUCAUGGCUCGUGACAUCUCCGGCGAGGACAUGCAUUGGUUCAGCCGUUCAUUCUUCUGCCACUGGGACCAGGCUUUUCAACUUCUAAAAGCGCGUUAUCCGAAUCGGUAUCGGGCGGAUGCACGCUACAUUCUGAAUGCCUAUGUGCGGCAGGGUGUUAAUGUGGUUGACGUUUUCUUGAAAUACUGGUAUCAGGGCAGUGACGACCGUUCAGGCGAUGACUUUGGCUGCGCGUGCGAGCGGGCCGGGCGUUCAGCUAUUCUUCGACAGUGGCAAGUCGAAGUGGACAACCCUUUCUCAUUUUCAGGAGCCGCACCGAUUCCCUUGAACAUUCGCACGAUUCUUGCACGAGCCCAGAAUUUCCGCUCCCAGGACACGCUUUUCAAUACGGUGGCCUACCUUGCUGAGACUGUUGAGCGGGACAACAUGCAUCGCGAGCUCUUUAAGAUGAUUCUGGCUUCAGUCAAGGAUUGGGCUACUGUGACUGAUAAUGAAGAUAUGGUGGAUUGCAUGCUUGAAGCCAUCAGCGACAAUGAGGAGAUCCUAGACCAUACGACUGAGCACAACGACAGUGGUGAAGGUCCUUGGACAUUUGAACAUGUGCCUCGUAGCCCGUUGAGCGACAGGCCACUGCACAUGCCACCUACAAUCCUUCCAUACGACCUGCCCGAAGAACUCCCGGAUGUACCCGAGGAUGAAGGUGUGGGGAUACAAGCCUUCGAAGACGAUGAGCUCGACUGGGAAGAGUUAACUGUAAAUUCGACUCGGCCCAGCUGGAUCCAUCGGCUUGUACACCAUCUCAACCCAUUUAGUACUCCUCACGUCUCAACAUGGGAGCUGGUAGAUGUAGAAUUGGAGGCUUGUGGUCCACCAAUUAUCCCGCAUACUGUCUCGCAUACAUGCGAGGCCCCGAAAGAUGACAUUUGCGUCAUCUGUCUCGGAGACUACAUCCCACACGUAGCUGUUCAGAAGGAUUCGAGCAGCAUUAAGCAAGGCGGCAAGGCGGACCUCGUGCAGUGGCGACGUCGAGUAGCUGGUGUACGUUGGCGUCCAAAAGCUGAGAAGGACCAUGAGAACAUGCGUCCUAUGCAACUAGACUCGUGCAGUCACAUCUUUCACCUAGCAUGCCUAAACGAGCUUUUGGACCAUGCGUAUCCGAAGACUGGUGUGGUCCAGUGUCCUUGCUGUCGGGCGACUAUCUGUUCCGCGCGUCCGACUCGCGUUGCACGUGGUCGUCUGGGUCGUAUCCCACUGCUCGGUCGUCUGGUUCUGUCUUAA